UAUAUGUCAAGCUCUUAAAGCAAUAGCUAAAAGAUAGAAGCCAUUGAAAAAGCUUCGAAGGCUCCUGCAAUGGACUGGUUCUCUUGGCUAUCAAGAACCGGCCUCGACCCUCUUCACACCUACGAAUACGGUCUUCUUUUCGUCCAAAAUGGCCUCAAACCUGAACACAUUUCCAAUUUCAACCAUGAUUUUCUCCUCAAAAUUGGAAUCUCCGUCGCCACAGACAGGCUCGAGAUCAUGAAACUCGCCAAACUCCAUUCACAACAACCCACCCAGAAGAAAUUUCUCCUUUCCGCUUUCACCAAAACCAAGAACUGCCUCAGAAACUGCCUCCGGAACCUGACUCUCACUGCCAACUCCAAGCCGGAGAAGGGGAUUUUCCGGAAAGAGGCGGCGGAGAUUGCGCCGGGUACGCCGACCCACGGCGAGGAUCACGGCCAGAAACAAGAGGCUCUGAAGCCGACGAGACGACGGAGUAAAAACGUGUCACAUUCGGGACCGUUGGAUGGAAGAACGCACGAGAAGUUAGUGAUGAACCGUAAAAGCCUGAAGUUAUCUGGGCCGUUAAAUAGAAAAGAGCGGCCCAUAUCCCCGAGAAGCCCAAUAUCAUAUGGGCCUCUGGAGGGGAGAACUUCCCAUUGGGCCUCAAGUAAAAGCCCAAAGCAUAAUAGGAUACCCGAAGGGAGAAUGAUGAGGCUAAUACCGCCGAGCCGAAGCCCAAGAGUUUCUGGGCCGCUAGAAGGAAGCCCAAUAAUUUGCUGUCGUUGUAAGGAGGAGAGGAUAGAAACGGACGAUGAUUAUCAUUCGUUGUGGGCUUCUUUGUUUCAUGACAUAAAGCCCGUUUGAAUCACUCUUUUUUUCUUUGAA